UAAAAUAAAAACAAAAUGAAGGAACCGGUAAAUAUAAAAAUACAUAAACAGAAAGAAGCAAAAUAUUUUUGAUUCUCCGAUUCACAAACAGGAGGGAACGACCCCUUUACGACUUUUCCUGAUCGUAAAUUCAAAAUACCCGACCCACUUUCCUUAAAAUUUAAAAAUUCCUGUUCCUUGAGGAAAAAAAUUAUCGAACCGGUUUCCGUCGAAAACAAUCUCCCCACGCCCUGCAAAGCACGUACACAUACUCUAUAUCACCUCUUAUCACAGAAGCGGCCAGAACUUGAGAAAGUAUGAACGCUCUGAAAAAAGUUUUGAGACAGCAGAAUUUCCAAAGUAUUUAUCAGGAGACUGUUAGAAAUUUUAGUGCGUCCAGCGCCAGAAAAAUGCGAUUGGUACAGUAUAAAUUGAAAAACCAACAGGGUGUACAGCAUUUAGGGGCCCAGCUGAGCAUAGGUGGUGAUAUUGUGGAUAUCAGUGCUGUGGACAGUUCUAUUCCGAAUACUAUGGUAAAAUUCUUGAGGGAAGGACCUGGGAUGUAUGAUAAGGCUAAAAGAAUUGUGGCUGCUGGCAAAUCCAUAACACACUUGGCCGAUGUAGAUCUUCUGUCACCAAUCACCAAGCCAGACAAAGUAGUCUGUGUUGGCCUUAACUACAGUGGACAUUGUGAAGAGCAGAAGAUAUCUCCUCCCAGUGAGCCGAUGUUCUUCAGCAAAUUCUCUUCUGUUAUCAUUGGGCCUAAUGAUAAUGUUGUUAUUCCACCUAUCACAAAUAGUGUUGACUGGGAGGUAGAGCUGGCAGUGAUAAUAGGCAAACAGGCAAAAUGCAUUAGAAAAGACCAAGUGCAGGACCAUAUUUUUGGUUACACUGUGGCUCAAGACAUCAGUGCAAGAGAUUGGCAGAAAAGUAGGAACAAUGGACAAUUCCUAUUGGGCAAGUCCAUGGACACUUUCUGUCCAUUGGGUCCAGCUAUUGUUACCAAAAACAAGGUGAAUCCCAGUGACUUGGCCAUCAAGUCAUGGGUGAAUGGGGUAUUGAAGCAAGAUGGAAAUACCUCAGAGCUGGUUUUCAAGAUUGAAUUUUUGGUCUCCUAUUUGUCACAGAUUGUGACUCUGUACCCUGGUGAUGUCCUCCUCACUGGUACUCCUGCAGGCGUGGGGGUGCACAGAAAUCCCCAGAAUUCCUAAAGUCAGGAGAUCUGCUCGAGAGUGAAAUUGAAGGAAUUGGAAGAUUGCAAAACAAUAUUGUGUAAAACCUUUUUUUUAUAUUUGAUAUACUACAAAUACAGAUAUUUUUACAACUCAUUGUGUUCCAUUCACGUCUUUGUGAUAAUAAAGAAUUUUCAACCAAAA